AUGCUGGGUGAACUCAUAAAGGCCCUGGAGCGCGACAACCAGGAGUGGAUCCUCGACGAGGAGGGCAAGGUUGUCGUGGACGUUAUGGUCAAGGCGGUGCGGCCUUCGAUGCUACAGUCGGCCGUAAAGAAGCAGAUGCAACUGCAGCGCAAUAAGCCGUUGCGUAAGGAUGUGUUUCGCUUCGUUCGCUGGCUGCGGACGUUCGCAGCCGGCUACCAAAUGUACGGAGGGGUCGAGGACGAGAAGUCCUCCAAGCCCGCAAUAGCCCAUGACAGCCGUAACAAUGCGCCGAAGAGGCCUGACGAGAAGAGGCUAGACGGGGGAGCAGGCCCGGCGAAGCCUAAGUCCUCGGAUGGGGUUGCCAGGCCGGAUGCACCGCCCGCCCCUGCGAGGAAGCCGGCGGCAUGUCUGAAGUGGAAGUCUACGGCCCACAAGAAGCCUGGCGUGGCGACCCAGGUGGCGGUGGACGACACACCGACUGCCCAGUACCCGUACGGCAUAGCGACCAAGCCUGUGCUCCUAAGCCGACGCUAA